GUCCUGGAGCCAGCAGAAUGUCCUGGGGGCCAAGAGGCUCUGGGAUGCACUGGGAGGAGCAUUGGCAGCAGGUCAGGGAGUGACCCUGCCCCUCUGCCCAGCCCUGGGAGGCACACCUGGAGUGCUGUGUCCAGCCCUGGGCUCCUCACCAGCGAAGGCGAGGAAGUGCCUGGAGCAUCUCUUUUGCUGAGGAUAAGCUGAGGGAGCAGGGGCUGUUCAGCCUCGAGAGGAGACGCAGCUGAGAGGAGCCCAGCCUGUCCCUGUCCGCAGGGAGGGGAGGGCUCAGCAAUGGCACAAGAGCAGGAACUGAUGCACAGGAAGUUCUAUCUGAUCACGAGGAAGAAGUUUGCUGUGCGGGUGACACAGUGCCUAGACAGACUGUGGAGUGUCCAUCCCUGGAGAUAUUAAAAAAAAAAAAAACCAAAAAAACCCAACAAAACGCCAAAACACAAAAGGACUGAAUUCUAUUUCGUUUGCUCUGGGAUGACCCUUCUGGACCACACCAGGGCUCUUCCAGCCUGAUUCCGUGUGUGACUCUGGGACACCGAGACUGUGGCGCUUCCGGGCAGCGAGCGGCGGUUCCGGGACAGCGGCUCCGGGAAGGGACCGGCGGCGGCUCCGAGACAGCAGCGGCUCCGAGACAGAGCGGCGGUCCCGGGGCUGAGCGACGGGUCUGGGCAUUGAGCAGCGGGUCCGGCAGCCCAGAGCUCCGGGCAUUGAGCGGCGGUCCCGGGCAUUGAGCGGCGGUCCCGGGGCUCAGCGGCGGUCCCGGGUCCCGGCGGCGGCUCCGGCAGCGCAGGGCUCCGGGCCAUGGAGGAGCAGCAGCGGCGGGCGCUCCGGCGCGGCCGGGCCCGGCUGGUUGCGGCGCUGCGGGUGGAGCCGCUCUGGGACCCGCUGGAGCAGCGCGGGCUCUUCACCCGGCCCAUGCUGGAGGAGCUGCAGAGCUCUGGCAGCCGAGGAGAGCAAGCCCGGCAGCUGAUCACUGACCUGGAGACUCGAGGGAAGCAGGCUUUCCCUGCCUUCCUGUCCAUCCUGCGGGACACCGGGCAGGGCAGCCUUGCUGAGAUGCUGAUCCAGGAGUGCGAAUCCCGGCCGGUGCCACCACAGCUGCCGGACCUGCGGCCAGUGGAGCUGGAGCUGCGGGAAGAAAAACAGCAUAAAAAUGUGACCCCUCAUGAACGUUUGUCUAUCCCAAUCCAAGCUGAGAGUGAAAGACCUCGAAUACCUCCUGUGCCAGCCCGGGGUUCAGCUGUUGACAAGAGGAGCCGUGACCAAGAAUAUGAGAUGAAAGCGGAUCCCUGUGGACACUGCCUGAUCAUCAAUAACGUGAAUUUCUCCAGAGCCUCGGGUCUGUCCACCCGUGAAGGCUCUGACAUUGACUGUGAGAAGCUGGAGAGGCGCUUCAAGGCCUUGCAUUUCACCGUCCUGACCCAGCGGGAUCUGAAAGCUCAGGAAAUGGUGUUGGAGCUGCUGAAGCUGUCACGGCAGGACCACAGUGCUUUGGACUGCUGCAUUGUGGUCAUCCUUUCCCAUGGCUGCCAGACGAGCCAUAUUCAGUUUCCUGGAGGCGUUUACGGAACGGAUGGAAAACCCAUUCCCAUAGAAAAGAUUGUGAACUAUUUCAAUGGGUCCAAUUGCCCGAGUUUGAGAGGAAAACCAAAGCUGUUCUUCAUCCAGGCCUGUGGUGGAGAGCAAAGAGAUCAAGGCUUUGUAGUGGAUUGUGAUUCUCCUGGAGAGGAAGCUCCUGGGGGUUCUUUGGAAUCUGACGCGACCCCGUUUCGGGUUCCAUCGGAUAAUGUGGAUGAGCCCGAUGCCAUUGCCAGUUUGCCCACACCCAGUGACAUCCUGGUUUCCUACUCAACUUUUCCAGGUUUUGUGUCCUGGAGGGAGAAGUCGAGUGGCUCAUGGUAUGUGGAAAUGCUGGACAGUGUGCUGGAGCAAUAUGCUCAUUCGGAAGACCUGCUCAACAUGUUAGUGAGGGUGGCACAUGCUGUCUCUGCCAAGGGGAGGUACAAGCAGAUCCCGGGAUGUUUCAAUUUCCUCCGUAAAAAAUUCUUCUUCACGUGUGACUGACACAUGGGCUCCAAGCCCCCUACAGAUUCUUCCUGUGGCUAAUGAAAUCUGUGCCCACCAUGACUUGGUGUCGGUGCUCCCUGUGGAUUUUCCCUGUGUGUCCAGAUGUUUGUCUGGAGAAAUGUGAUCUGCGAGCGCUGGCUUUGCCGUGGAGUGGAGAUGGGAUGGAGAUUGUGCUGUACCGAUGGGAAAUGUUGUGGAUGGAGCAGGAAGUCCCUGUUGCUGGAGAACAGAGCCAGAGGAAAGCACUUCUGGCUCAUCCUUGGCCAUGCUCAGCUUCAGAGUGUUUUUCUUUGCUGAUCAUGUCUGUGUCCUGUGCUGCCUGGAUAACUGAUUGAGGGGACCAGGGUCUGAUCUUCAAGUGAAAUGGGAUGAGUUUUUCAGUCCAUGUUUCUAAUAAAUGCAAUUAAAG